AUGGAUUCCAUAGGCAUCCGAGAAGAGGCCUUCCCCGCAAGGAGCAGGCAGGAAACGGGGACAGUGAACGGCGUCCCAACAGAAGUCACUUCAGUCUCCUUCUCUGACAAGUUUGUAUUGACAAUCUCACAAGAUGGCAAGCUCUCACAAUGGAUCCAAGUGCCUCUGCAAGCUUCAUCAGGCGGUAUGGUCGACCUCAGCCUGCCUUCAAGUAGCCGGGGUCUGCUACCUUCGGUCCAUCUCACACCCAAGACGCUUCUCGGCGGUGGAGGUGAUGAGAGAGAAACUCUGGGACAGCUCUAUGCCGCACAGAUUGCCAGUCUCAUGUCCACGAGAGACCCUGAGGAUCGCAGGACGCUCGUUUUGGGACUGGGGCUCACCAAGGUCGACACUGAGCGGGAAGCUUUCUUCGACACGGUUGAGUUGGUUCAAAAGGUCCUAUGA